AUGUCCAACACUGCUUCUGAGGUUCACAGUUCAGCUACACCAUCAACAGAAGACCUGGUGUUCAACACAGAGAAGCCCCUGAAUCAUUUGACUACCAAUGAGGGGUCAGGAUCUGAUAAGACACACACAUUCCCAGUCCACAAUCAUGAUAAGGACCAAAACAGCUCAAAUUCUGGCUCAACUUGCGGUCCUCCGGAAGAAGGUCUGUGUGACUGGUGUGUGGUUGGACAGGGAACAGUCCAUGAUCCUGAGCCAGAUACUGUCUCAAUGAGUGAACAGAAUUCUGGUUUGGUCCCUCCAGAGAGUCAUGCUGCCCAAACACCACUGAAGAGCUCAGGGAUAAACUUCGAAAGUCCAUCACUGGAUACCUUGCCACCACGGGCCUGA